AUGGAACAAUAUAGCAUACUUAUUUACUCCAAAAAAGGGUCUCAAAAUGGUAAUGUUAUUACUUUUACUAGGUGCAUUAAAAUUAAACUAGAAAAAUAUAAAGUAUACUCCCGUUUAUUUAGGUAGAAACUAUAAUUUACUAGAUAUUUAUAAAAGAAAUAUAAUUUAGUAACUUUAUUUUAUAUAUUACAUGAAUCAUACGUACCUUCAUACAUACAUAGAUAGAUACAUACAUACAAAAAAACAAACAAAAAACAUAACACAGGAUAAAUUUACCACUAAAAAAUUAUUAUUGAUACUACUAAUAAAAAAUUUAAAAUGAAUAAACUUACUUUUUGUGGGAAUAAUAUAAUAAUAUAGAAAGCUACCUUAACAAAUAUCAAGAAUAUAGGUAUCGAGCUGGUUGGAUGGGCAAUUUUUUAACUCUUUACGCUUGUCUAAAUGGUUAAAAAAAUAGUUUUAUUUUUAGUCUUUUAAAAUUUCUAAUUAUAAUAAUAUAUAUACUGUGUGUAAAAGAAAUUUAUUAUGAUGAAGUAAUCUGAUAAAGCACACUUUACUUUUUAGAAUUAAUUCUUAUAUAAGGGAAUGAGCUACUAAAGUAGAAAAUUUUCUAUAUAAAGAUAGAAGUGA